GGUUUUACGAACUUCCUAGAAACGUGUUGACUAGUCUAGAUUUUCAUCCAAAUCCGUAACUAUAAAAUAACAUUACAGUGGUUAUCUCCAAGUGCAGUACCUCGCAGGAUGCGCAGUAGCAAAUCCCGUCCCGAACACGCCUCCAGCCCAAGAACUGAGUGCGAGGUACUACACUUGGAGAUUACCAUUACAGUUUGCAAGGCACUCUGCAAAUAGUGUAAAACGCCAUCCCAAACUAAACAGUAAACAAAGAUAAACAGUAAAUAAUAGAUUAGGAAACGGGUGGAAUAUUCAUGACUGGGCGGGACUAAACUGAUCACGUAAAUAAUUGGUGAUUGUAAGCUGUAUGUACACCAUCAAGCAUUUCCGGAAGUGGUUUAUGUUUCAAAGGUUGCAGUUUAUGGUUCGGCUUCCCUUUUGCAAGUUUAAAGGGAUUGAAGGCCAUUCAUCGUACAGAUGGAGAGCUGAUAUAUAUUGACCUGUGGUUCUCGGUCUACGCAAGUGUGACAGGUGUCCCCAUUAUCCACUAACACUGCGCCUUGCUUUAGAAAAAGCAAACAAUGAGGUUAGCUGGUCCAUUACGGAUCUUGGUGGUCCUUGUAACUGUUGGCCUCACAUGGAUUUUGGCAAGUGUAAUGUUUGGAACCGGGAAUGGCUUCUUCAAAAUACAUCAGUUAUUAAAUUCACCAGAGCAGGUUUCCACUACAGAUCCAAAACCAAAGAAGUACAAGUGUGGCCUAAGAAUUCCCUGUCCAGAAAAACACUUUGCUUUUCGAAUUGUAAGCGGAGCUGCCAACGUAAUAGGGCCAAAAAUUUGCCUGGAGGAUCAGAUUUUAAUGAGCAGUGUCCAGAAUAAUGUUGGACGAGGAUUGAAUAUUGCUUUGGUAAAUGGAGUAAAUGGAGAAUUGAUGGAUACCAAGUCUUUUGACAUGUGGGCUGGAGAUGUAAAUGAACUCCUAGCAAUGAUUCGGGCCCUACAUGAUGGUACAUUGGUUUUUGUUGCAUCUUAUGAUGAUCCUGCUACAAAGAUGAAUGUUGAAGCCCGAAAGAUGUUCAUGGAAUUAGGCAGCACAGCAGUCAAAGAUCUGAGUUUCCGAGAUAGCUGGGUGUUCGUUGGAGCCAAAGGUAUUGAUAAUAAAAGCCCCUUUGAACAGCAUGUUAAGAAUAAUAAGCAUACCAACAAGUACGAGGGCUGGCCAGAGGCAUUGGAAAUGGAGGGUUGCAUUCCACAGAGGACAUCAGAGUGAGUCUGUCAAUGUGAAAAAAAAAACGGUGCUACUUUUUUUUCCCCCUCAGACUAUCCUAGGUAAAUGGAAGACUUUGUGGAUAAAGAUGGAUCCUGCCAAAUUUAUUUAGUCGCUUAAGAUGUCAACUGUCACUUUUUCUAAAAAUUCAGCAAUCCAGAUCCCCGGGCAAGCAGUGAUAUCUUACCCAUUUUGGUACUGUUUACUGAACAUGCUUCUAGUCUGUUGUUGAUCUUAGAUCUGCAAUGUAAUCAGAUGACUAUCUAGGUCUUGAAAGAACAGAUAAGAGGGGCACUUUCAGCACAGAUAAAUGUCAUUCAUUGCUAAUACACAGGCUUGGCUGCACAUUCCUUCAGAGAAUGGUUGUUUAAUAAGAAUAUUCAGGGAAACAUGGAUGUAUAUAUGCCUUAAGAAAGGUUAAUUGAUGUAGUUUUUCAGCUCUCAUUCAAGUUAUUUUAGAUAUGUUUUGAAAGAUAAGAUCACUGGCUUUUGUAACCAACUAAUUUGUUGCAUUUCAGUUCUAGUGUGGUGGUUUGGUGAGGAGAGUAUAGUAUUUCUGCAUUUUGCUAUCUUUUUGUAAGCUCCUCAUCUACCAUUGCUUGUUCAUUUCUUUCCUCUUGUGUCCAGUGUUGUCUUUAGCAUUUUGUGUGCGUGUGUGUGUGUGUAUUUUAACAUGAUUGCACUAAUUGAGAGUUCAUUUUUUUACCUAUUUUUUUAACGUCUGACCUAGUUAUCCUCGCAUAGAAAAAUAUAACUGUAGAUUACAUAUUGCAAUAUGCGUUUUAUAUAUUAAUUCUGAAAACACUUUAGCCAUCAUAACUAAAAAUUGCUGGAUUUUGAAUUUUGUGUGAAGCAGAGUUGGAGUAUAUGCUCUUAAAGAAAGAUAAUCGUUGCAUUGUCCUCUCCAUACAAAAUGUCCUCUUUCUCAAGGGAUCUGCCUUGUUUAUAGUGCCAAAUAUGUCCUAAGUCUUUUAUGGGGAAAAUGAGCUGCUUGCUUUUUCGAUCUACACAAACUGCUGUUUGGGGAUUGUGGCAUCAUAUUAAAUGUACAGCACAAAGCGCUGUUUGUGUUAUGGGUAGCAACAUUCCAGUGAUCAUAGAUGAUCUUAAAAGAAAUGUGGUGCUUAGUCGCAUGUUGUGCAUCUGCUGCAAGAUAUGAAACCUCAUGAAAGGACAAUGUCUCUGGAAAACUCUUCAAUGAAGAUUUAAUUUCAGAGAAAACACUAUGAAGGAGAAAAAAGCCUGACUCUUAUCUGGAAAACAUCUAUACAAACACUGUAAAAAUCAUCAGUGUCCAAAAAGAAGUUAUGUUCUGAAUGAUAGACUGUAACUGCAUUGAAAAGAACUGUGUAUAUGAACAAUAAAAUAUUUUUUUCCAGCC